ACAUGAAGUGUUUGCUUUAAAGACAUGUUUAACAUAGCGAGAACAGACUGUCUCCUUUAUCAAAAAUAAAAACACAAAAAUUAUCAUCUUUUGGGUCGCCGAUUUUGUAUGUUUUUAUGUAUGUUUUUAUGAAAAGACGAUUGUAUGGUCUGAAAUGUACAAUUUAUUUGAUCCACACUGAAGUUCUUGAUCCACCAACUCUCGAAGUGAUUCGUUUCCAGCAGCUCUCUGGGCAUGACAGUCAGGUUUGACAACAGAUGAAGGAAUAUUGUUUCCAAAGUUUUUUCGCUGCGCUAAUGGAAAGUCUUAACCCUUAAAUUGUUUAAUCAUACGGCUGAAGAAAAUAUGGGAAAAUGGCAGUUCACAAUGGACCCUGUGCAAGAGUGGGGAGAGGAGGUAGAAGAUGGGGCCAUCUAUGGAGUCACUCUUCACCGUGAACCCAUCCAGCCCCCACCAGAUGCUGCCGAAAAUGAUUCCGCCUUCGGAUUCAUGCAGUACCGCACACUGAAGGUCCGCAGGCUUAAAGCAGCCACCAUGGAGCGUCUUGUGAUGGAGUUAGUGAACCCAGAGUGCCAAGACCCAGAUUAUGUGCAAAUUUUCCUUUCCACCUAUAGAGCCUUUACCUGCACGGAUUCUCUCUUAGAGCACCUGUUUCAAAGAGAGGACAUGGUUACCAAUCAUGACAACAGUGUUUGUGUUAGAAGUGCUCUGCCGCCUUUGAUCCGCCUGUGGUUAGACAAGUAUCACGAGGACCUUCGAGACUCUCCUGAUCACCAGGCCCUGAGGCUGCUCUGUGUUAAUCUGCGCCAUCGCCUUCGUUUCAGACGACUAGCUCAUCAAGCCGAUGCUCUUCUCAAAAGGUUUCAGAUGGAAGACAAGCACAUAGGUGAUUGUGCAACAGCGGAAGCCUGUGGAACUGAUGUUGAGAAGCCAGCAGGAGAAGACACCACGGAGAGACGGGACAUAGUGGAGACGGGGAAUGUUCUGGAUUUCCCCGCAGAAGACAUCGCAGAACAGCUCACACUAUUGGACGCUGAACUGUUUGUCAAAGUGGUUCCAUUUCACUGCCUUGGCUGUAUUUGGUCUCAGAGAGACAAGAAAGAAAAUAGGAAUCUAGCGCCCACAGUCCGUGCCACCAUUGCCCAGUUUAAUGCUGUCACUAACUGCGUUAUCACCUCUCUGUUGUGGCCUCCUGCCUCCUCCCCUUCCAGCUCCGCAGUUUGCCCAAAAAGCAGCCCCACACAAAGGGCAAAGAUUAUUGAGAAGUGGAUCUCUGUAGCUCAGGAGUGCCAUCAGUUGAGAAACUUCUCCUCUCUAAGAGCCAUCUUAUCUGCUCUUCAGUCCAACGCUGUUUACCGACUAAAAAAAACCUGGGCGACAAUCAACAGGGAGAGUAUGGCCACCUUUGAUCAUCUGUGUGAAACUUUUCCCGAUGAAAACUGUGUGCUACUAAAUCGAGACAUCCUUGUAGAGGUAGCAGAGGUGGACACUCAUUCUGCACCAAAGUCUCCAAGACUCAGUCCUACAUCUAAGCACAUGAGUUCCACAAAUGGGGAGGUGCCGUAUCUGGGAACUUAUCUGACUGUUCUCACCAUGUUGGACACGGCACUAGGCGAUAAUGUUGAGGGAGGUCUCAUCAACUUUGAGAAACGAAGGAAAGAGUUUGAGAUUCUGUCUCAAAUCAGGCAACUGCAGGCAUCAUGUGCUCAGUACAACCUCCAGUCAAAUCCUUGCAUCACGUCCUGGAUCAAUAGCGGCAUGCUCCUCUCAGACCAAAAGAGCUAUGAGUUGUCAAGAGAGCUGGAGCCACCAGUUGACCCCUGUCCCAGCUCACCCAACCUCUGGAGCCACCGGCUCAUCACCAAGAAACUGACCUCAUUGCUGUCUGGCAGUGAAAACUUUACUAAGAAGACUUCUGCUGAUCAGAUCAGUGUAUCAUCCUCUGGCUCCAGUGGUUCAGAGCUGGAAGAUCUCACCAGCCCCAACAUCUCACCCCUUAGAUACAAAGUACAGUCGCCAUCUGUAUCUUGUCAGGAUGUCUCAGUAGAUACGCCUACCUUCUCUCUGACUCCACCCACCUCCUUACGAAGAUCCUCACAGCUGGAUUUGUCUGCCCUGGACCCUGACAGCCCCUCCCCUAUAUCAUCAUCAUCGUUAGCAUCUUCAUCAACAUUAUCAUCAUCUUCGUCAUCCUCUCCUCUCCACCAACACAAUGCCCUUCAUCCAGUGUACAACAAGCAGAUUGCUGAUUCCUGUAUUGUCAGGGUCAGUGUAGAAUGUGGCAACAACGGCAACAUUUAUAAAAGUAUUUUGAUAACAAGUCAGGAUAAGACAGCUCAGGUGAUUCAGAGAGCCCUGGAGAAACACAACCUGGAGGAGAUGAACUGUCAGGAUUUUAGUCUCACACAAGUGCUUUCUAAUGACAAAGAGUUGCUGAUCCCAGACAAAGCCAAUGUGUUCUAUGCCAUGUGCACCACUGCCAACUAUGACUUUGUGCUUCGUCAGCAUUACAAAAAUCACUGCAGAGGUCCUGGCGCAACCUGGAGUCCUGGACCUGUGUUACGGGGACACAAAUAACAUCAAGUAACAUAGCUGCCAUUGACUGUUGUAAAGCUACUUCAUUAUAAACUUUAUAGACUCUGUUUCAGUGGCUAAACAACAACAUGGACAACUACCUGUGGUAACAUAGCAUUGAAAUGAGGCAUUAAAACAAAGAACAAAGUGUGUUCAAGACUGGCGAAUACAUAGUUAACAGGGAAAACUGCUGACUAGUGGAUGUCAAAGCUCAUACAAAUUUAAAAAUGGACUGGCGGGUUCUUCAUUGAAUGGUUCGAAGAAUCGUGUAAAGGUACUUGAGAUGGAAACCGCAAUAUUUGGCCACAACUACUGCUAUUUUAUUCAUUUUGCUGUGAAAAGCGUGGUCAUGCAAAAUAUGUAUAAACAGUACAAUAAUGUUUUAAUACGUUUUAUAAAUAACAUUUCCAAACACAAACAUUUAAAGAUAUUUAUGCAGCUAAUAUUCAGUGAUAGGAAAACACUGAAUAGAAAUGUAUAUAAAGUAAUUUUAGUUUCCUAAGUAGUUUCAACUAAUAGAGAUAAUAUAUUAGAAUUUUAAUAAAGAUCACAUUAUUUAAAAUGUGCAGUAUAUAACAAUUUUCAUGCAAUAUUCUCCAUUUUUUUUUGCCAAUGUGUGAACGGCUUGUAACGCAACUUAAAAAAUUAGCCCUUCCUGGACUUCCUAGGUUGCCUAUUAAAGCCUGUAGACAGAUUUUCAUGUGAAGGGAGCGGGUAUGUGACGUUUAUGGGCAUUCCCGAGAGCCUUCUACGGAAUCCCGUCUGGCUAAGCUGGAACAUGAUCGUGGUUGAGCAAAAACUAGAGUGUACAUCGGCAGGGCAUUUGAUUCCUGGUGGGUUUUGGGGAUCAAAACCGACCCUGAAUUGGCAUUCUUCUUAUUGGACAGGUAAACUUACAUAACUGCAAAGCAUGUGAAAUAUAGUGCCAUAAGGAUUGAUCUGUGUCCUUUUAGCAAACUUGAUCUUGCCUGCUAAUGCUGAAAAAUUGCAAGCUACCUUGCUUCAUAACUUUCAAAUAAUUUAAACGAUCUUCUCUUUAUACUAAAUGUCAGGUAUACAUGAUACAUUUAAGCAAAAACACUGGUUUCUUAUUCUACAAUAGUGCAAUAUAACGGCAGUGAAACAGUAAACUGUCUGGUAUAGUUCAGUAGUAUGUAGCUGUAUGUGUGUAUAAGUAAGCUAUGUUAGCUGUUUUAGUUUAGUCUCAAAGUUUGUAGUAAAACAAUACCUGUGUAAUUUUAAUGAUGCUAUCUCAUUUGUCAGCAUGAUGCCGUUGGAUCAUGUUCAGCCUCUUUGUACGUUACGUCAUUGUUUUGGCCGAUGCUCGCUCGCAUCUCUAUGGAGUGUGUGCACGAGCACAAGCACAAGCAACCGGUAGCUGGCUGCAGUUCACUUAAUGGCCACACGUGUCAUUAAUAACAAGGGUUUCUGAAUCUUACAUAAUGCACCUUUAAUGUUUUGUUUCAUUUCAGUUUUAUAGUAUUUCACUUUUAUAUGUGCACAUUAAAGUGAUCUAUUUUUGUUUGUUUGUUAUUGUUCGGUUUCCUGUCUGCUUUUAUUUAAUUUUUAGCAGAUUUUAUGUGCAAUAAUAUGAAACCCAUAAGAUGUUAUUUUUCUAAAACCUUGUUUGUCAAGGCUUGUGUUGACGGAAGUGAAUGAUGGAAGAUGUUCUUUGAUUUGUGGCGAAAGUGCCAAAUCUUUGUCCUUAUCAUGAAUGCUUGCAUAUCACUUUUCAAAAGGCAUUUUUAGAAGUUAUGUGUGUUCUGUUUUUUCUAACAGUGUCAAAUGAAGGAGCUACUUAUCCACAUUGGAUAUCUUAAGACUUUCUGAGCAAAUGCAAUUAAUAUGUUCCAGAAUUGGAGGGCGCAGGUGUACUAGAUGUGAUUUAGUAUGUGUUUUGUGAAAGUCAAAGAAAGUCGGUUGCUGAAGUCUGUGAAAAGGAAGUGAUUGGUCUGUGUAGAAUGGUUUUCUGCUAGUAGUGGGGCAGGCUUAGUGUUCCUUUCAAAUAAAGUGUUUUUGCCAAAAGUAAGGGGGACCUGAAUCAGGAUUAAAAGCACACUUUUGCUUUUGGCACAGAAAGCCACAAUUCCUGACUGAAGCAUAUACAAAUGUUCUGUCUGUGUAAAAAUAAAAAAUAAACUACUUUGGAACUUAGUGUAGUCUCUGUUUUGUAUUCUUGAAUUGUAAACAAUAAAUUAACUUUCUUGUUUAAAAUGUGCCUUUUGUGGUUUAUAUUUCUGGUGGUGGUCACCACAAUAAUUUGAAACUGGCAGAAGUUGCCCUUUUUUGUUCCCAUUUUCUCCCCAAUUUAGAAU